AUGAAAGCCCUCGCCCUCAUCGUCUCUCUCUUCGCCGCUACCGCCGUCUCAGCACGAUCAUUGUUCAAAACCGAUCAAAAUGCUCUUGUGGACGAUCCCAAGUUCCCUGUUCCUGGAAAGAACCCAUUGAACUUCUGUGCGGACCCCGCCGACUAUAUCCUCGACAUUGACUACGUUGACCUGUCACCCAACCCACCUGUUCCCGGCGAGAAAUUGACCAUCACCGCCAACGGCACCUUUUCGCAAACGAUCGAACCUGGUGCCACCGUCUUCCUACAAGUCAAAUAUGGGUUGAUCACCCUCAUCAAGCAAGAGGCGGAUCUCUGCGACAAUCUGCCCAAGAUCGACCUGAGCUGUCCAAUCGAUAAAGGUGUCAUGACGUUGAAGAAGGAGGUUGACAUUCCCAAGCAAGUUCCGCCGGGGAAGUACACCGUUCUUGCCGACGUCAACACUGUGGACAAGGAGAAGAUUACGUGCAUGGAAAGUACCAUCUUUUUCACGAAGCAGUGA